AUAAAUCGCACCUCUUCUCUUCUUUCGCUAGAGCCACCAAAUCAAUGUAUCUCUAGCUUCGACAAGGCAAAAGGUGCAGCCACCAUGGGUAUAGAGAGAGCUGAAACUAAGGUACACCUUAUAAUUCAUAUACGGAUAGGAUAUUCAUCACUUACUCAAUCUGGAAUCAUAAAUGACUUGGCUCUUUCCGUAGCAGAG